CGUCUAAUUCGAAAAUCAGUCAUCUAUGAAAUCGCAAACUAUAAAACGCACAGAUUUUGGUGAAAUCUUCACAUUCCGAAAACACACCACGAUGGCACGACUGAAUUUUAUUUGUAUUGUUGCAAUUUUCCACGUGGUUUGCUCUGUCAAGGCAACAAAGUACUACCAAGUGGACAGGUACGCAUUGUGUGAUGGUGUUACUGACAGUGCAGUAAAGUUUAGUGACAUGCAGAUCGUGGGUAAGAAGCAAGCCAUAAGUCUCACCGGAACUAUGGAGGCAAUCAGAAACGUAAAGCCGCCGGUUCAGUUCCGGCUCUCGGUGAACCGUUGCGACUUGGAUAAAACAAACUGUGAACCAUUCGACACCAUUACGCUGGACGAUGUGUGUCCAAUUUUCAAUGAAAACCAUUUCGUGAAGGCAUACAUGGGCUUCUUUUCGCCACCAUUGAGUUGCCCAAUGCAGAUUGGAAAACACACGGCUAAAAACACAAAUCUGGACAUGAGAGUGUUUGAAGGGUUCUCGAUCGGUAACGCUCAUUGGCAGACGGAAAUGAGAAUAGUCGAUGGAAACAACAAAACGGAAAUUUGCGUCUGGACGGAAAUAACCAUCACCGAAAAGGAAAUGUAGAUAAAAUCAGG